AUGUGGAAGCACCAGAGUAAAACCAAGUCCAAACCAUGUGGAAGCACCAGAGGAAAACCAAGUCCAAACCAUGUGGAAGCACCAGAGGAAAACCAAGUCCAAACCAUGUGGAAGCACCAGAGGAAAACCAAGUCCAAACCAUGUGGAAGCACCAGAGUAAAACCAAGUCCAAACCAUGUGGAAGCACCAGAGGAAAACCAAGUCCAAACCAUGUGGAAGCACCAGAGUAAAACCAAGUCCAAACCAUGUGGAAGCACCAGAGGAAAACCAAGUCCAAACCAUGUGGAAGCACCAGAGGAAAACCAAGUCCAAACCAUGUGGAAGCACCAGAGAAAAACCAAGUCCAAACUAUGUGGAAGCACCAGAGGAAAAUCAAGUCCAAACCAUGUGGAAGCAUCAGAGGAAAACCAAGUCCAAACCAUGUGGAAGCACCAGAGGAAAACCAAGUCCAAACCAUGUGGAAGCACCAGAGUAAAACCAAGUCCAAACCAUGUGGAAGCACCAGAGGAAAACCAAGUCCAAACCAUGUGGAAGCACCAGAGUAAAACCAAGUCCAAACCAUGUGGAAGCACCAGAGGAAAACCAAGUCCAAACCAUGUGGAAGCACCAGAGGAAAACCAAGUCCAAACCAUGUGGAAGCACCAGAGGAAAACCAAGUCCAAACCAUGUGGAAGCACCAGAGGAAAACCAAGUCCAAAACAUCUCAUUUGA